AAGAGAUGAGCCAGAUCACCACAAAUUGAAGAAAAUGCAAGAAUAAAACAGCCAUAUAUUGAACAACAUUUCAUGGAGCAGCCGAACAAAACUCACCACCGAACUAUAUUAGAGUGCCUUUUAGGAACAAAAGUUACAAAGCUUAAAGGAAUCUUUUAUAUGUAAAAAUUUAUUUUAUAUUUGAUUGAAACGUAAUGAACGAUCAGUAUUGGUAUUAUGAAUGGUCGUGGCCACGAUGAUGAUGCUGGGAGCCACGUUGGUAACACAGCCUCCUUUGAGGACCUGGAAGGCAUGAUGAGCAGCCAGUCUUUUGAGGGAGAUGAUCCUGAUCUUCCCUUGGAUGCCUUCUCAGGGCUCCAGCCGCCCAACCUGAGUAUGCUCUCCCAAGACGAGAACCAUGGCAUCCUCCUGGGGGACUAUCUUACUAACGAGUCUCUUGGGGAAAUCCUACAGCUUGACGGAGAGCAUGAAACAAGUGGCCUUCUGAACGAUAGCGAAUUACUGAACCACAGAGGGCAGUAUGACUCCGGCAGCAACUUACCAAGCGAGGAUGACUUCUCUGAAGAUGGGCAGCAUCUUGGGAAUGGGUCUUCCACUGGGCUUUUACAGAUGUACAUGCAGGCCACCCCAAGGGCCGAUACCUCUGUAGUGGACCUUAACUAUGCAUCAGACGGACUUAACGACGGAUCUUUCGGGUACUCAGAUGACGUUUUCAAUCAUCCUGAGCAUUUUUACAAAAACAAUAACGACGAGCACUACUUAGAGGGUUACCCUCUAGAGCAAUCGUAUCAACACGAAAAAGCAGCUGAAAUUUUUACGAAGUUGGAGGAUGUUGACCAUAGGAGGAUGGCAAGUGGUUUUGAAAAUGAUAGGAGGUCCUCGGUAGAAUCAGACAUUCUCUCUGAGGGGACAUCCAUGGAACUUAACAAGACUGUAGUAACUGCUAAUGGCUUUCAUGAAAACCUCCAAGCAGGCGCAGCUGAAGAGAGUUAUAGUGUUGAUCCCACUGAUGGUAAAGACAGUGAUUCUGCAAGCAUGAGUCUUGGUCAGUUUGUCCCAAAUGCAGUCAAUAGGAACCGCCUACCAAGACCAGCCACGAAGCCUCUCAAACGAUCCACCCCUAAAACCAACGAGGUUGAGGCGGCGGAGCACAAGGGGACUCCUAAGGGGUCUUUGAGUGCGAGUAUUCCUAGAUCAGCUCGCUCAUCAACCAGGAACUCUCCACGUGUCUCUGGUACCAGUUCUCAAAGAAGCCACAGGUCUCCAAGGUAUUCCCAAAGAUCAGAGGACCUUACUGAUCGCUCAAGCAGUCAACACUCAAAUGGCACUGAUACUAGAAAUCACAAAAACUCUAGUAGCAGUAAGAGACCCAACGGUGUUCCGAGACUUAAUCUUCGCAGAGACUCCAAUGCCAGCAGUGUAAACAUUAGUUUAUCUUCCGAUCCGUCCAAGUUUGACCUGUCGCUAAGGUUGCAAGAGGAGUCAAGAACUCGACGACAUGCAGAUGAGCUUGUUGGCCAGCUCCAGAAAAAUUACGACGAUUUACUUGGUAAAUAUGCUCAGGCCGAGAACACAAUAGAUCAGUUAAAGCUGGGAGCAAAAGUCAGUCUAUACUCGGAUGGUCCAGCACCAGGACAAAGCUUACAAGGAUCAUUCUCACCUGUUCAGAAGCCUGGUAUGGUCAAUUUCAACCAACCACAGCAGGCUACUAUCCACCACAUCAUGUCCUCCAGUUCUCACACCUCAGGGGGUCCAUUAGGAGGGCCACAAACCAUCCAGACUGGCCACUCUACCAUGGGUAUCCAGAUAAACAAUAACAACAUAGGGCCUUCAGGUACCAGACCAUUGGAGAAACCAGAAAGAGACGAGAAUGGGUUCCCAGCAGAGGAAGGUGUACUUAUGGCAUUAGCCUUCCAAGCAAAAGGCCUUCAAGAACAGGUCGACUCCUUUGGAAUGUUACUCCAAGGCAAUCAGAUCGAACCUUCUGAGCAGAAAAACGUCUUGGACCGCCUCAAGUCUGAUCAGGGGAAGCUAGAAGCAGAAUACAUGCAUGCUAAGGAGGAACACAACGCCUUCCGUCGUAGGAACAGCCUGCUGAGUGGAGGAGGGGACAUGACCUUUGACCCAGACAGAGCCAUAGAGGGUGAAAUCUUUCAACUUGGUAUGAAACUGGAGGAUGUUGCAGAAAUAGUUCAGAAUAACCUACGUAAUAACCCGCCGCCAACGAUCUCCCCGCCCCACCGACAACAAUCUCAGGAAUCAAGCAAUGAAAGCAGAGAAUUAGAGGAGCGACUUCGCCAAGAACUGGAGCGAGAACUGGAGCGGCAGUUUCAAAAGAACUCCAGACACAUUGAGGAGAGGAGCAGUCAUGAAGAUCAAGAUCAAGAUCAACAAGAUGGUGUAGAACGUGAGGAGACCGAUCAAUCUCACCACAGUGGUUAUUCUAGCAACUCACCACAAGCAUCACAGGAUAGUCACCAUGGUGCCCCAUCACUGUUUUCACCACCGCAACCCACCAGACAACCCCACGCCACAGGAGAUGACAGAAAUUCCAGAAGAAAUACGCCAGGAGAUGUUUCAGGUGGAAAGAGGCACUCAAGACAGAGUCAACUUCCAAGACCAAAGUCACUCACCAACACUACCGACAAGAACUUUGGUAAAGACCCCAUCACCAUCAGAAAGCCCAGCCUGAGGAACGAGAACCAUGGACCCUCAGACUUCCAACAUGACCCUCUUGGACAGUCUGAGCACACCACUAGAGGAGAUGGAUCCAGACAGAAACUGCCAGAGAAUGGUUUCAUGUCACCAGAAGCAGACAGUGGAUUUAUGGGGUCGGAGAGCAGCCGACAAUCCAAUCAGAAUGGUGGUGCUGGAUACGAUGGCAGGAACCAGCUCAGAAAGCCCAGAGAAAGUGUCAGGCAAAGUCUGAGGUCAAGCAAGUUACCCCUGGGUCAGAGGUCACCACCACAGGUCAUCCGGAGGUUACCAGGUGGAGACUGGGAGAGUCCGCAGUUCUCAGACUACGACAUCAGUGAAAGGGAUGAAGAAAUAGAAGAGGAAAGUCUCCGUUCAAGUAGAGCUGUGAAGAAAUCAACGGACAAGACUCCUCUUUUAAGAAGUACAUCCCAGGCCAACAGAAGGUCAUCAACUGAGAAACAAAAACCACGUCCUGCAGCCAAUCCCACACCAGUUCACUCAUCAGGUAUCCAACAACGCAAACAGCAACCAGGUCAUCAGAACUCCAGAGACAGGCAGCCACAUCUGGAGAGACCCUCACGUAGGCGAGAAACCCCACAUAAAACCCUCAGGAAUCCUCACCCUGCUUGGACUCACUAUCAGGACGGGUCACACCAAGAGCCUUCUUCAAACGCAUCACCUAAAAAGAGUCAAAGCACCUCACGCUUGAGACUUGAGAAUCCUGUUUCUAAUCCAAUCAAGAGCAGACCAAUUUCAAGACAGCCAUACAUUCCCUCUGUGCCCCUUCCACCACGCAGGGUCUACGACUCAGUGUCUGAUGUCACUAGAAGCAGUGGAAAGAGUGAAGCCAUCAGGGACCUUCAAGAGGAGAUUGAAAGAAUGAAGAGUCAGAUGGAAAAGAUGAACACCCCUGAGAAGACCACAAGACCCCUUGUGAAAGACACAUAUCCUAGGCGGCCUAGUGUCAGGAAGGAUAGGUUAGACUCUGUCGGCUCCGAUGUUGGCGAAAGACGGUCAGAAAUUCUUGCUGCAUUGCAAAAUGAGAUUGCCCACCUCCGUGAUCAGAUUCAUGAACAGAAUAAGUCUCCCCUUGGGGUUAAUGAUUCUCCUCUGUCAAGGGAAUCUUUGAGAAGGACCCGUCGGGAACCUCGUCAGGAAUCUCGUCAAGAUGAUUUUGAAGACCGAAUAGUUACCGACUCUUUACCACCUCCAAGGAGUAUAUUUAGAGAGACUCUUAGGCAGCAAUAUAUUCCAAGAAGCUUUCCUGAGCCUAGGACACCAACUCAACAAACUCUACCAACAGGGUCCCCCUACCGACCCCGCUUACGGAACCCACCACCGCAGUUUGAAAGCACACCGUAUCGGAGCAGUCCAUCCUACAUUCCUGAAACUUCUUCAUACCCUGAGUCCCCAUCUUGGGCUCGUCCAUCUCUUCACCCAUCUCAUUUUGCUUCCCCAUCAAUGAGAGUUUCCCCAGGGUCUCAUUCUGCUUCCAGGUCAGAGCCAUGCCCAAUGUGCAGUGGGACUGGCGUUCACACUCACGGGGAAUAUUCUUAUCCAGGUGAUUUUGUGGGACCCUCAGUGACCGAUCCUCCUCAAACUAGGUUAGGUCAAUAUGAACAAAGGAAUGCUAGUGGGACAAACCAGUUCCAAACCCAACCUGUUGUUAAUUCAGUUCCAGUUCGGUCAUUCCAGAACGUCAAUAUCCCUCCGCAGUUACAGGCUAGUUCUGUCAAUCCUCCUCAUCAGGCCCACUCCAGGCAGUCGCCUUAUAAUCACCAACCAGUUCCUAAUCAGCAAUAUGUACUGAAUCCACAGCCAGUAUUCAUCCCUCAGCCAAUGUCAAAUCCCACCCAACCAAGUCAACAAGCAGCUAGCCAGCAACCAUUGGUGGCUAACCAGCAACAGUCAGUGGCUUACCCGCAACCAUCGGUGGCUAACCAGCAACAGCCAGUGGCUUACCCGCAACCAUCGGUGGCUAACCAGCAACAGCCAGUGGCUUACCCACAACCAUCGUUGGCUAACCAGCAACAGCCACUGGCUUACCCACAACCAUCGGUGGCUAACCAGCAACAGCCAGUGGCUUGCCAGCAACCAUCGGUGGCUAACCAACAACCCUCAGUUCAGUCCCACCAAGCUCCAUCAGCGCAAUCUGCAUCCACACCAAUCCCUGCUCAAGUCCACACUGUCUACACGCCAAUGGGCAAUGUGCCACUGGUUACCAUUCCUGUUUAUGCUGGUAUGCCAGGAACAACAAUAUCACAAAGCACCAGUGAAAAGAAGAAAACAAAAACGUCUGCCCAGAAACCCACCAGAGAUCCUCAAGAUGCAGGAGGCACCACCAUAUACAUCACACCCACCAAGAGACGAGGCAGGUACUAUGUCUUAGAUGAUGAAGAGCUAGAUAGUACUGGAAUGGAGGAAGAGUACUACUUCAGAAGGACUCCAAGGGGAAGUAGCUCCAAAGGUUCAUCAUUUAAGAGGAAAUCAAGAGAGUCUAAGCAGCAUGCCUUUAAUUCCAGCUUGAAAGAAGCCAUAGAUCUUGAAGAUGCUUUGAAGAUUGCAGACAAGCUAAAUCGGUCGUCACAUAGAAUGCUGUCUACCGUACGAGCUGAUGUUUCCAACUCGGACUUUCUUUAAAAAAAUCACAAACGAAGAAAUGU